UGUAUGCACAAAUAAUUGCGGAAGUAGAAGAUGUGGUUGUUUUUGUAACUGUAGAGAAACUGAGAAAUGUCAAAAUUCCAAUGUUCUGUUAAUUUAUUUAAGGACUAUACAGAACUGACUUAGGACCAUUGUGCGUGCUUAUAGAAGAUUUUAAUGAAUAAAGUGUAAGUUUCAAAUAAAAAUAUAUAUUUGUAGCUGUCACAAGGAUCGACAUUAAACCCAGCACUGGUUGUGGUCAAUCAGCUCAAUUUGACGAAAUACGGAUGUAUGCUGCUUGCUUUCUGCAGCACCCUGUGGGAUCAUCAUUUGGGGCUCUUCAGCAAAACACUGUGACCCAUGCAAUUCAGGCUUUCAGCACAAGUCCGAGCGGUGCCGUCCCCACUCUCAACAGAGGCAGUGGUUCACAUUUGUUCUUUUUUAAAAAUGGGUUAAUUAUCCUUGCAAUUAGUAUCAUGGCAAUGUGAUGACAAACACAUUCAUGCUCUAUUGCCUGAGAAUAUGCGCUGCUUCAAUCCGCCACAAAGCCCUCAGCACGUUCCUCCUGCAGUUGUUGCUUAUAAAUAUCCGGAACUCAGUGCUGUCGACUCUGAUUAAACGAUAAGAGGCUGGGGGUGAGGCAGCUUCAUUCCGGAUCGCUCACAGUCCCACUGGCAGCAGCUCAUUGCAGCGGGCUCUUGUGAAGGGAGCUGACUGUGUGAAGGAGGAGCUGUGCCCGGGGCGGAUUGCCCUCUCAAGCCGGGCUUGGUGUGUGUGUUUCGGGGGGAGGGGGGAUUGACAGGCAGCGUCUCCCCUUCCACCUCCACUGCAAAAGUGGUGCGCUCCACAGGCCCCGCUGAAAUUGACGGAGUGCUAGUUUCCCCUGGCUGAUUCAGAAAUGGCUGGAGCCGAGACAAACCCGGGCGCGCUCCAGUACGAGCAAACUUUGAUGUAUGGCAGAUAUACCCAAGACUUGGGUGUAUUUGCCAAAGAAGAAGCAGCUCGUUUGCGCCAAGAAAAGGACCAUACGAGAAUAUUUUCGAGAGAUCAUGUUAAGCGUGCUGAGCUAAUAGAGUAUGAUCGGAGCCGCUGUUCGAAAUGUAGAAUAUGUAGUGUGCGAUGUCAAACAUUCCUUAUCUCAAAAGUGGGAGAAGACUGGAUUUUCCUGAUACUGCUCGGAUUGUUGAUGGCUUUGGUCAGUUGGGCCAUGGAUUUUGCAAUCGCUAUGUGCCUCCAAGCUCAGAAAUGGAUGUACAGUGGCCUAGAGCACAAUGUUUCUCUGCAGUACUUGGCCUGGGUCACUUACCCUGUUGUUCUUAUAACAUUCUCAGCAGGAUUUGUCCAGAUCAUUGCUCCACAGGCUGUAGGAUCUGGGAUACCUGAGAUGAAGACAAUCCUUCGUGGAGUGGUGCUUAAAGAAUAUCUCACUUUAAAAACUUUUGUAGCCAAAGUGAUUGGUUUAACAUGUGCAUUAGGAAGUGGGAUGCCUUUAGGUAAAGAGGGACCUUUUGUUCACAUUGCAAGUAUGUGUGCUGCGUUGCUGAGUAAAUUCAUGUCACUGUUUGGUGGGAUUUAUGAGAAUGAAUCCAGAAACAUUGAGAUGCUGGCAGCUGCUUGUGCUGUCGGAGUUGGCUGUUGCUUUGCUGCACCAAUAGGAGGUGUCCUUUUUAGUAUUGAAGUAACAUCAACAUUUUUUGCUGUCAGAAAUUACUGGCGUGGUUUCUUUGCUGCUACCUUCAGUGCCUUUAUUUUCCGAGUUCUGGCUGUGUGGAACAAGGAUGAAGAAACCAUCACUGCCUUGUUUAAGACUCGAUUUCGUCUAGAUUUUCCAUUUGAUCUUCAAGAACUGCCAGCUUUUGCAGUCAUUGGGAUUGCUAGUGGUUUCGGUGGUGCCCUGUUUGUCUACUUCCACAGGAAGAUAGUGGCAAUCAUGAGAAAACAAAAAACCAUUAACAAGUUUUUGAUGAAAAAGCGGUUGCUUUAUCCAGCACUGGUGACAUUGAUUAUUGCCACACUCUCAUUUCCUCCAGGAUUUGGCCAGUUCAUGGCUGGAGAGCUCACGCAGAAGGAAACACUCGUCACUUUAUUUGAUAACAGGACCUGGGCCAAGCAAGGCAUUGCUGAAGAAUUUGACUACAUUGGGAUUUCGGAAGCCUGGAAACAUCCUCGAGCAAAUGUCUUUGUAACCUUAGUAAUUUUCAUCCUAAUGAAGUUCUGGAUGUCUGCACUAGCCACAACUAUUCCUGUACCAUGUGGUGCCUUCAUGCCAGUCUUCGUUAUUGGGGCUGCAUUUGGUCGCCUUGUUGGAGAAAGCAUGGCAGCUUGGUUUCCUGAUGGCAUCCACGCAGAUGGUAGUAUUUAUCGUAUUGUGCCAGGUGGAUACGCUGUUGUAGGGGCUGCAGCGCUGGCAGGUGCAGUGACCCACACGAUUUCCACCUCCGUGAUUGUUUUUGAGCUCACAGGCCAGAUCUCCCACAUCCUUCCAGUGAUGAUAGCAGUCAUUCUGGCCAAUGCUGUUUCCCAAAGUCUGCAGCCCUCUGUCUAUGACAGCAUUAUUCGCAUCAAGAAACUUCCGUAUCUUCCUGAGCUCGGUUGGGGACAUCUUGAGAAAUAUAACAUCCGUGUUGAAGACAUAAUGGUAAGAGACAUCCACUUUGUCAUUGUAAACUGCAAGUAUAGAGACCUGCAAGAUCUCCUUCACUGCACAAAACUCAAACACCUUCCUCUUGUUGAGUCAGCAGAUUCCAUGAUUCUGCUGGGCUCCAUUGAAAGGAGUCAGUUGCAAACUCUUAUUGAUAAUCAGUUGAGUCGACGGCGGAGGAUGGACUACCUGAAAGCGAAAGCUCAGACCGAGAAGAAAAUGGAUGCAGAUAGCCACCGAAUUAUUGAUGAAGGAAUCAAAGAUGUGCAUGAUCCUGGGGUCAGAUUUGAGGUUGGUACUGAGGAGUCGUCAUUUUCUCCAACUCGAAAUGGAUCACAGAAGCCAUUGAAACCAGCAUUAAAACGAGUUCCAAGCAGUUCUCAUGAUAUUGCAUCAGGAACAGGUCCUCUAGAUCAAACAGGAAUUGCACUGAAAAGCCUGUUCUGUGUGAACCCAACGGAUGAACCAGGAGAGGAUCAGUAUGAAAUUGAAGAUGACAUGACUGCAUCAGAGAUUGCUGAAUGGGAGGACAAACAGUUUGAAGAGCAAGUGGACUUCAACAAUUGUAAGAUUGACCCAGCACCCUUCCAACUUGUAGAAUGGACAUCACUACACAAGACUCACACCAUGUUCUCUCUCUUGGGACUUAACCAUGCUUAUGUAACCAGCAUUGGAAAGCUAAUAGGAGUGGUAGCUCUUAAAGAGCUGAGAAAGGCCAUCGAAGGAUCAGUCACAUCAAAAGGGGUGAAGAUGCGUCCACCAUUGGCUAGUUUCAGGGAAAGUGGCAAUAGCAGCAGUGAGUCAGAUACCACAGAGAUUCACAAGCUGUGGGACAGAAGGGAGAGCCUUACACUUCCUCGUGAAUCCAGUCCGUCAGACACAGAUGACAAAUCACACUGAACAAGCCUUGCAGGGAACAAAUUGCCUCAAAAUAACUGCACUAUUCACAUUUAAUGCACUUGAUUUUGGAUGAGGAAAUGAAAUCUUUCUUUUAGCUGUUGUCAGAAGUGUUGGGAAUUGUGAUGCACUUCUAAACAAUAGACUAAUUUCAAGUUGAUAGACCUUAAAAGCACUGAUUGUACGUCUUGCUGGCAAGUUUCUGGAGUUUUCUUCUGGUCAGCAUAUGUUAAUGAAUAUCUUUUAUUCAAACUAGAAUGAAACCUAAUCUAUUAAUUGAUAAGCUAAAGUCUGAAAGUAAUUGUGUUGAGUCUUUGUGUUUGAUAGUUAACAAAAUGAUUUCACGUCCAGUAGGAAUUUAUAUGUGGACUUAUUUCUCAGCAGUUUAUGUCCUGAAAAUAUCAAAACAUGGUUUGUCCAGUGUUUACGCAAUAAGCUUGUAUCGUCUGGGGUGAUGCAUUCAAAUUUCUUUUGAAAUGGAUUUUCAGCAUUUCAAUUGGACAUUUGAAGUGAACUGUGGGAAUAUGCUGUGUUGAAAUGAUGUAUGGGGCCAAUUCUUGUGUCUGACCCAAACAUUCUAGUGUGCCAGUGAAAUAAGUCCAUAGGAUGAGCUGUAUUAAUGUGCAAUUUGUUUUGCAUAGAAACUGUGCACCAGUCUGGUCCAGAAUAUUGUUUGACUGCACUCAGCUAAUUUUCAAGAAAUAUUAUUAUUCUAUUCAUAGCUAUGUAACAUACAGAGCCCUCUGACUAAUAAUGUAAGGAAGUUUUUUUUUCGAAGGUUUUAUACAUAUGGUCUUUUGUUGCCUACCAGUUGUAAAUUCUACUAAUGAAAUUGAAUCAGGUUGCUGUUUGAACAGCAGCUAGUAGUUUGGCAAAGCUGCUACCCAUGCUAAAAUAUUCCCAUUGUAACUUCUGCACUAGUUAGAAUGCCUAUUUCAAUGAAAAUUAUUCCACCGCAGCAGGUAUGUUUCAAUGUUAAUACCUCAUAACUUGUGUAUCCAGUGAAGGAGUUAUAGGCUACUGUAUCUUAUUAUAAGCAAUACAGCUUCUGAUCAAAAAUUAACACAGGAUAAAUUACAUAUGAAUUCCAACUGUAAAUCAAAGCCUUUCAAUUUGAAUGUUAGUCCAAUUUCAUUUAAGUCUAAAGUGUUGGCUUUCUCCCACCACUUGAAUUCUUGUCAGAGCAGGUGAGCUGUUAUUUCCAUAAGGGGACCAAGUCUUCAAGAAAAAGAAACCUAUGUCCUUUAUUAAUUUUCCUCAAGUAUGCACCACUGGUAUAUUCUGCAUGAUAAAUGGAUACUGUACUGUCCUGGCUUGGGUUUUGCAGUCAUAAUUAGGGAAACAGUCAGUUUUGCUGUCAUUACUCACCUUAAAUUGCAGCUUUGGGAGCCUGCACGUGUGCAGUUAAAUGUUGAGAUCCAGAAGUUGCUGUUCAUGAUUCAAGGGUAUGCUAUUGAUGUCUCCACAGACUGUGAACCAAUAGAAAUCACUGAACUGAUGAAAACCUCCUGUUUUAAGCUGUUAGUUGUGCUGUAGAAAUCUCUAGAAAAUUCGCACCUUGUUGGAUAUAAUGUAACUGGAUCUUUAAUAGUGUUUAUAAAUAGUGCUGAACAGCUACAUUAUCACUGAACAACUAAUUUUAUGUUAGUGUAACAUCAAAUGUCUCAAUAAUGAUCAAGUGCAAUUUUUAGCCUUUUUUAAAAAGAAAUUUGUUAGUGAUAUUUCAGUUUUAAAUUUAAUUCUAUUUGUUUGUCCCAGUCAUCUAAUUUGCCAUUUUUAAAUGUAAACAUUGAAAAUAUAGUGCAUUUUACUUCCUGCUUUCCACUGUUUGAAUACUCCAAUAUGAUUGACUGCUCAACUAUUGGAUCACAUCACUGCUGUUGGAUGGCUGGAGAGCCCUUUACCUUGAUUCCAGAUUCAGAAUGAGAAAAUUCAAAGCACAAAGCUUGCUAGAAUUUUGAGGGCAACUUUCUUCAAGUUAAACAGCAAGUGUUGUUACUUUAUCUCUGACUGCAAUAUCUGGGCCAUAUUGUUGAAGGAAAUUCUAAAUGUUAAAUAUAGUUGCAAGUGAAAUGAUACAGAGAAAACAGUUGAAUGUACAAACAAAAAAAAUUAGUUCAAUCUAUGUACAUUCAAGAUAAUUAUAAAGCUAACAGCUGUUAGUUGACUGAAACAGGCCUUCGUAGACCAUUGUAUACAUACAGUCAUGGAUGAGCCAGUACUUUGGUAAACAUCAGAAUUCAGAUUCACAAAUAAACUGAACUACAAUUGACCAGCUAGUGUCUUCAUUCCAAAACAAAAUCCUUUCUUGUCACUGAUAUAAAUGUUGAAGUCUGAGGAUAAAUUCAACAAGGCAAAUCUCCCAGCAGAAAGAUUCAAGAAUAGAGAAGUAUGAGUAACAAUAUUGUUAAAUGACUUAUCUCAGUCCACACAUGAUCUAAUAAUGAUUUACACUGAAAGAGGAAACUUGCUGAAGUUAACCUACUGCCUAUCUCACUUCCAAGAGUUCUUCUCAUGCUGAUGGGGGUAAUGAAUUAACAUGCCUCCCAAGCUUUGAGCAUGUACACAUACACAUCUGUGAAAGACACACUGUCCAGUCACUCAAAAUUUGAUUUAAAUAAUUUUUUAAUACAAAGCAAAACAAUAGCAAAGUCCAUAAGAAGAUUUUGAUGGAAGUAAUGAUGAUUAUUUUUGCCUAAAAGAAACCCUCUUGGGAACAGUCAAAGAGCUCUAUACUAUGCCAGAAGCCAACUUCCAAUGUGCCUUUAUCCUGUCUAUACAGUAGAAAAAAAUAUUAUUCAGAAAUCCCACCAUCCUAGAUUAAUGUCAUAGAUUAAUGCCUGCCUUCUUUUCCAAAUUACAAAAGUUAAUGAACUCAAAUGUUUGUUUCUUUAAUAGGGAUUUUAAGAGCAGAAAAUUAACACUAUAAUUUUCAAUUUAGAAUUAGUAUAAUGUUACCUCUGUAUUCUAAUGAUUAAGUGAGGAUGUAAAAGGUGACUUCUUGCCAUUGAUGAUUUUAACAAAUUACUGUAUGAGAUGGGAGGGUAAGAUAAAUGUUCUCUGGGUGUCUUUAGCAUGUGAACUAACAAUCAUAGGUGGCAACAUCUAGGUUCUGCAAGAGCAUUUCAUUUAUUGCAAGCAUGAUUUACCAGUGGAGACAAAGUGCUCCACUGCAAUCUUUGAAUAGUUGUGCAGUUUCUCAGACAAUACUGCAAAAAAAAUAAGAUACAGCUUGAAUAGCAAUCUAACUGGAUGGUACCUUUCAAUAAUAGACAACUACACUGUAUUGCUGUUUCUCAUAUCCAAGCAAUUUGUUAAUUUUCUUUGGAGGUUUUUUUCUCCAAAUUUGUUUGAGGACAUCCUCCCUUCUAUGUUUCUAACUCGUGUUGCCCUUCUAAUAAUAUGUUUACACGAAUUAGCAUUUAGUCUGUACUUUCGUAUAAAUGUACAAUCUACAAUUAAAACAUAAAGCUUACAAUUAAUACAUAAAUUCACAUUUUAAUAAGAAAUUCUAUACACAAUCCAGACAUGAGAGGCAUUUACUGCUCUUCAUUGAAAAAUGCACCUUUUUUUUACAGAAUGUAUAAUGUAGAUCAAUAUGAUGGAUCUUGUGCUAUAAUCCUUCAUUUACCGAUGUGUCCAUUCGUCUGUAUUUCUUUGAAAUGGUCUUUACACCUUGUAUUUCUUUCUACUCUUGGCUGACUACUGAGUAUUCUCUAUGCAUUGAAAAUCUUUUCAUUCCAUUUCUGUCCAUUAUAGCUGAAAUACAGUUCUAUCUAAAAACGAUUUAACUAUUUAGAUUUGUAUUCACUUUUUAUUCCACAAAGAAGAUCUUCUUUGCUUAAAUGUCUACUAUAGACUAUUGUGACAAAAAAUACAUGUAAUAGAUAGUCUUGACAUAAUUUAGAUUUGGAAUGGUCAUUUAUAAAGUGAUUAAUGGAAAUAUUACUCAAAUAAAGUUACAGAAAUGAAUCUGAUUUUAAAGACAUUGAGAAAACCAAGGUACCUAUUCAGGCCUUAAUAAUAUAUUUGUAAUAAAUUAGCAUAUUAAGUGAAACAAAUACAAAUUAGUUAUCUAAUUAUCAAAUGUAUGGUGUGUUUUUUAAUUAUCUUACAUACUGUGAAAUGGUAAUUUUACUUUAAAUGUAAGAAAAUAACUAUAUCAUUCAAAUCUAUCCAAUUAAGCACAGACACUAAGAAUAGAUGAAAUACAUACACCUUGUGAAUGAGGAUGAAAAUUUAAUAUAUUGUGUGUUAUUUACUGAUCCAAUUCUUCUUAUUAGUUCACUUUCAGUAAUUUGGUAUUAUGCUGUUUUUUUCUUCUUCUUCUGUGUUCAUUAAAUAAUAUUUGUGCACACUGAAUCAAUUAUGGACUGCAGAUUUUUGUAUCUUUUGUUUCUUUCUCCCUAUUAUUAAUUUUCUCUUUUUGCUACUCUUUGCCGAUAUACUUAUCUUUUAUAUCAAUGUCAUUAGAAAGGCAUUCCUAAGCAGAAUCUUUAUGUGCUUGGCUUAUCCAUGAUACCUCGUGAAUUAUGAAUCUUUCUUUGGCUAUUUGCCCGAUUCCUUUGACAACUGAAUACAUUUUGCAUGAUCACAUUAAAUUAGGAGGUAACUGUCAUUCCACAGUAGAAACUGAUCCAAACUUGAAUGUGAUUUGGUUUACUUUUUCUUCUUCGUAUAAAAAUUGCUAAUAUUACUGCUUUAUUUUUGCAUUUUUUCUCAGUUGUUACUUUCACUACAUCUUUGUCAAACCGACAGCUAACUACUAUACUUUGCUAUUUCAACUUUUUAGCCAAUAGGGGAAACAAUUACUGUUGAAUAAUUAGGUAAGCUUAAAGUCACAAAUAGAUGUGCAAAGUAAGUUUCCAAACUGUUGCACUGCCACCAUCUUAUUAAUUGCUAAUUCCUGGGUACAAGUCAGCCCUUUUAAUGCUUAGAGUUUGCACUUAGAAACACAACGUAAACUCAGUAGGCAGACUUUAUUCCUGUGAAUUUUGGCCUUGUUUCAGGUUUGGUUUUACUGAUAUUUGCACAGGUUCUUAUUACAUAUUAAACUUUUUACUGCAUGAGGUAUUAUUACCAUACAUUUCAAAAUCAAAUUGCUUCAAACUAAGUUGUAUGAACAUGCAUUCUGGAAUUAUAUUGAAUUGGUUUUACUACUGACCAGACAGCCCAUCUAUUAAGAUAUCUGCUGCUCCUAUUGUUCACCUCAAAUCAUGUCGUCAACGAGAAUUCAUUUUUCAAGAUUCAGUCUUUAGCUUUCAAUUGCUUUGUGCCAAUACAGACAGUAGUGUAGCAAUUAUUUCAUUUAAGUCUUUCUUAAAAUUAAUAUUUAUUUCAAAGGAAGCAUUUGGUGAGUGGUGCUAAAAGUAAGGCUCAAAUACAAAAGAUUGCCUUGGAUGAUCUUACAGCCACCACGGAGUUUCAAAUUAUUCCAUCUUAAAUAGUGGUUACCUUAUGGUUUUUAAUGCUCUCACAAUACAAAUUUCUAUUUCUGCAAUGUCACUUAUUUCUUACUGAGGUUAGUUUUUGAACUCUGUUGUUUAUGAUUACACAGGACCAUCGCAUACCUAAAUGUGAGUCAAUGUAACAUUAUUACAUAGUUGGAUUUUCUGCAACUGUCCUUUAGAAUUCUUCCGAUAAAUGACAUUAUAUCUUCUAAGUAUAAUUUAUAUACAGGAGAGCUGAGUAUUGUAAUAAACCGAACAACUGAUUU